GCAAUCACAACACAACCCCUCUUUUGGUGUUCGAACAAAUUAGGGUUUUCCCAACCCUCUUCCCUUGUUCGAAACUAGCCUAAUCAAAACCGAAACAAACGAUUACAAAAACAAGAAAAGAAGAAAAAUAAUCAUUCAUUGCUCGGUGAGAAGAGAAAGAGGAACGGCCCGAUGACCGGGAAGGCGAAGCCGAAGAAGCACACGGCGAAGGAAAUCGCCGCGAAGGUGGACGCCGCCACCACUAACCGCGGCGGCGGGAAGGCCGGCCUGAAGGACCGAUCCGGGUUGGAGAAGGGCGGGCACGCGAAAUACGAGUGCCCUCACUGCAAAGUGACGGCGCCGGACGUGAAAUCAAUGCAAAUUCACCACGACGCGCGUCACCCCAAGAUUCCCUUUGAGGAGGACAAAGUCGUCAAUCUUCACGCGACGCACGUUCCUGAAUCCUCCAAGCCUCGCCCCGGUGUUCGCGGAAGCCUCAAGAAGUGAUCGUGAUCGCAAUCGAUCGUCGCUUUUGUUUUUAUGGCCCCUUCAUUCGUAGUGUUCUCAGUCUCUGUUUUUUUUUUCUUUUUCUUGUUUUUUUUUUUGUUGCCUAAGUUGAUGUUGUUAAAUAUUUUGGGAGUGGGUUUUUUAAGGGAAGGGGUUAUGAAUUGUGAUGAUGCCGUGUAUGAAGGGGCGGCAGAGAAGGGUUUUUCCUCCUUUGCAGGAAUGAGAUUGACUAUGUUGUUAACUGAGCCCUUCUUUUUAAAGAUGGAAUAUGUAUAUUGUUCCAUAUAAUGAAAGUUAAAGUGGUGUUGUUGACCUACUACUACUA